AUGUCGGCACCGUACAUCCCUCCAUCAUUCGGUCAACCAGGCGUAAGUAUCACCUAUCGACCCAAAUCUCUUCUCACCCCCACCCGCUCCACCACUCCUCCUUCCACAAUCCCGCCAAUAACCCUCUCGAUCCCCCCAGCAUCAAUCCAUCACAUCUUCGCCCAUCGACAAUGGCGUGCUGGGAUGCUCCUCUCGGACGCCCUUCUCUCCUCCGCCUUUCCCACCACCUCCAUAUCCAUCCUUGAACUUGGUGCUGGAACCGGUCUACCCUCCAUUACCGCCGCCUUACUUCCUCCCGCUGCUGCCCCCUUGGUGGUGGUUGCAAGCGACUACGACGAACCGGCUCUCAUAUCCGAACUGCGUCUUAAUGUGCGUCGUAACGUCGCAUCUGCUCCAGAUGAAGUUCGGAAGCGGAUAAAAGUAGUCGGGCAUAUCUGGGGAAAGAACACGGAAGAGCUUCUAGAUUGUCUACCCGCUUCUGCUGGGGGUGGAUUCGAUUCAGUGUUGUUAGCGGAUUGCUUAUGGGAUCCAUUGAGCCAUGCGGAUUUGCUCAAGACGGUAGUACGGGUGUUGAAGCGGGAGAAGGGAGCGAGGGUGAAUGUGAUUGCAGGCUUACAUACGGGGAGGGAGAAAGUUACGAGUUUUAUCAGGAGAGCAUAUAGGGCCGGGUUGCGCUUGGCGCCGGUACAUAACCCAGACAUUUGGCCUGCUCUGGAGGAUGAUGCGGAGAAACAAGAUGCAGAUGCGGCGAGGGUGGGGAAUGAGGCGUUGGCGAAGGCGGGGGAGAGGAUAUUAGAGUUGGAAGUUUGCGGGAAUACUCCCAUUCAGUCCGAUUCAACUACAGAAGAAAAGGAAGAGGCGGAAGGGAAAGAGGGGGAAGAUGAGCCUAGACUAACGGCUAAUAGGAGAUUGUUCAAGAUCGAAGGAUAUGGAGAGGAGACAGAAGGGGAUGUUAAGCUAAGAAAUCGUUGGCUGACUGUUUGGUCUUUGGAAUGGGCUCAACCAUAA